UUUUAGCACGCAGGUGAAGCAGAGCAGUCCUGAAGUGAACAACAGAUCCAGGAGGCAACAAUGGCUGUCCUCAAGAUCCUUGUGCCUCUCCUCAUUGGCCUUGGUGCUUACUAUUUCUAUAGCCCAGAAUCCUUCUCUGCAGAAAUGGUGAAAGGAAAGCGUGUCCUGGUGACAGGGUCAAGCACGGGGAUUGGGGAACAAAUCGCUUAUGAGUUUGCACGGAUGGGGGCUAACCUAGUGGUAACAGCAAGGAGGGAGAACCUGCUUGAGAAGGUGGUCCAGAAAUGUCUGAAAUUGGGGGCCAGCUCUGCACAGUAUGUUGUGGCUGACAUGAGCAAUUUGACUUCUGCCCAGGAAGUCAUUGAAGAAACCAAGAGCAAACUAGGAGGCCUGGACUACUUAGUACUAAAUCAUGUUGGAGGAGUUGUUGGGUUUCAUCUAUUCAAAGGAGAUAUGGAAAUUGUGAAGCAAUCCCUGACUGUCAACUUUCUCAGCUAUAUCCAGCUAACAUCUUCUGCGCUAGAAAUGUUACAGGAGUCUGAAGGAAGCAUCAUUGUUAUAUCUUCCAUGACUGGCCGUAUUGGGUCCCCAUUCAACACUGAAUAUUCCGCUGCCAAAUUUGCACUGGAGGGCUUCUAUAGUGCCCUUCGCACUGAGAUGCGCCUUCGGAAGAUCAAUCUGUAUGUCACAGUUGCUGUGCUGGGGUACAUUGACACAGAGAAUGCCAUGAAAGCAGUCGGUGACAGGAUGUCCUUGGUACCAAGUUCCAAAGAAGAGUGUGCUCAGAAGAUAGUGCGGGGAGGUGUGCUGAGACAUCGGGAAGUUAUCUUUCCUUACUGGAGUCAGAAAUUCGUCUUGUUGUUGAGAGACUGGAUGCCAAACCUGGUGGACCAACUAAUUGGAAAAUCCUACAAAGUUGAAAAUAUCCACUAAAUGGAGUUGUACAUACACAGUGUGGACGCCCUUAAUAUUAUACUACUGUCUUUCAGUACUCAAAAUUCAUGUGCAGUUUAUUUCCGUGCCCGGUUGAGCACUGUUUUUCAUUUAGGAGGAGAGUGAGGCAAAGGAGGUGUUGAGUAGUUCUGCCUUUUCUCUGUUCCCCGUUAGCUUUUUGCAAUCUUCUCCAUGCAGUGACCCUGUCUGUCAUAUCCUUUUUCUUUCUGUUGCUUCAGGCAUCACCAAAAAACCCCACUUUUUUGUUAUUAACCUUUCAGGAAAGCCUGGGCUCAUUCUUUAGCUCUUCUGACUUUCUCCCUACUUGUUUUAAUUUCUCUUUGGUAAUUUCACCCUUUUCCCAUUUCUCAUAAAUGUCUCUUUUAAAUCUUAGCUCAGUUUAAAGGUCUUUAGACAACCGUCCUGGUUUCCUUGUAUACCUCCCAUUUUUCCACUUCAUUUGAACUGUUUGAAAUUGUGCCUUCAACAUCUCAUUUUUUAGAAAAAUAACCCUCCUCCUUUUUCUUUUGUCCAGGCACUCUGGCAUUACUGCACUGUUUCACUGAAGCAGUGAGUCAAAAAUGUCUCAGGCUCAAUUUCUGCCAUUGAAGAUUACCCACACAAAAUGGAAGGCAAAAAAAAAACCCCUACUGGAGCAGACACCAAUACCUGAGGGGGCAGAAACACAUAGCUCACCCCAAAAGCACAUUUACAUCCAAAUUACAGCUGCAUCAAAGCACACUUUUUACUGCAGAAGCCCCUUGUCAAUUUCACUUGCUCCCAACUGCUGACACAGUAUAUCUCACAUGCAAGCGCUAGCCGAAAUUGACAAAGCUGAUCUAAUUGCUCCUGCUCCUUAUCUUGCAUCCCUGUUACAUCGCUAGUUUGAUACGACAAAAAGAAAAUAUUUUUAAAAUUCCUUUUGAAAACAGAUGACGAG